AUGGAGCCCGCGGUGUCUGCGCCGAAGAAGUUUUCUUUUUCUUUGAAAAAGAAGACCUCAGACCCCCGGCUGUCGCCUCCAGGCGCAGCAGCAGCAGCAGCAGGAGUGAAGACUGAAGCUGCUGCUGCUGCUGCUGCUGCUGCUGCUGCACCCAAGCCCCUGCUGGGCUUCGAACGCGGGGGGCCCCCCGAGGGCCCCAAGCCCCAGCUGCUGCUCAGCAUCAGCGGCGGCAAACUCGAGGUAGAGGGGGGCCCCCCUGCUGCAGCAGUUCGCGUAAUUCCUUGUCCCAAUCCGCUGCCUCUUUCAGCCUACCGCAUGAGCCUUCUUGCUGCGCAGCAGCAGCAGCAGCAGCAGCAGCAGAGUCCGGAAGUUUCCGCAGAAGCAGCAGCAGAAACAGCAGCAGCAGCAGCAGCAGCAGACACGGGCGCAGACGCUGCACUGCAGCAGCUCAAGGCAGAGCGGCCUAGCCCCGAAGGCGCGCAGCAGCAAGUCGCAGCAGCAGACGCCGGCGCUGCUGCAGCAGCUGCUGCAGCAGCUGCUGCAUCAUCCGCUGCAGCACUUGCUGCAGCAGCUGCUGCAUCAUCUGCUGUAUCACCUGCCGCAGGAGCUGCAGCAGCAGGAGCUGCUGCAGCAGCUGCUGCAGCGCCUGCUGCAGCAGCAGUGAAGACUGCUGCUGCAGCGGCUGCUGCAGCACCUGCUGCAGCAGCAGUGAAGACUGCUGCUGCAGCGCCUGCCGCAGGCCCUGCUGCAGCAGCAGUGAAGACAGAGCCUGGGGACACGCCGGCGCCGCGCCCAGCAGCAGCAGCAGCAGCAGCAGCAGCAGCAGCAGCAGCAGCAGCAGCAGCGGCGAAGGGGGAGUGUGGGGCGAAGCGGCGGCUGACGGACGAAGAAGUUGCUGCUGCUAUAACAGCAGAACUUCGCGGCGAAGUUUCGACUUCUUUGGUGGUUCCUUUAUUGGCCCGGACUUCAGUUUUGGCGGAGAUCCGGAGGCGUUACCGCGAGGAGAAGGCCCGCAGCAGCAGCAGCAGCAGCAGCAGCAGCAGCAGCAGCAGCAGCAGCAGCAGCAGCAGCAGCAGCGGCGGCGGGCAGCAGCAGCGGCGCAGGCCGUGGCAGCAGCAAACUGGAGAAACUGACAAAGAGCUGCUGCAGCGCGAACUCGCAGUGCUGCCGGAGGCCCCUUUGCCCAGCAGCAGCAGCUACGAAGCAAUGCCAGUGGAGGAGUUUGGUGCAGCAAUGCUGCGGGGCAUGGGGCUGGAGUUGCUUCCUGCUGCUGCUGCUGCUGCUGCUGCUGCUGCUGCUGCUCCCCAGAAGCGCAAACCCUACUCCCGCGCAGGCCUCGGCAGCGACAGAGAACUCGAAAGACUGCAGGAGAAAAUCGAGCAGCAAAAGCGGCUCCAAGAAGCAGCAAAAAGGUCCAAACAAGUCUUCAUUCCCCUCAGAACGGCUGCAAACUCCCAGCAGCAGCAGCAGCAGCAGCAGCAGCAGCAGCAGCAGCAGCAGCAGCAGGGGGAGUGA